AUGGCAGGGCUGGAGCGCAGCGCUGGGUUGCUGCGGGCGGCGCGGCGGGGGCUGCCCUGGCUGCUGCUCCUGCUGCUGCUGCUCGGCUCUGCCGCCCGCGCGCUGGGGCUGCCGCCGCCUUCCUACCUCAGCCUCAAGCGCAACCUGCUCAACGUCUACUUUGUGAAACUCGCCUGGGCCUGGACAUUUGGGCUGUUGCUUCCCUUCAUCGGAGUCACCAACUAUUGCCUCACCCGGAACAUGCAGGAUGUGCUGCGGCGCCUCAGUACCCUGCUGGUGGGUACUGCUGUCUGGUAUGUCUGCACACAGUUCUUCAUGUACAUUGAGAAUUUCACUGGCAGCUGCUACAAGUCCUCAGCACUAGAUGUGCUGUAUCAGGAGCACCAGAACAAGCAUCGUUGCCACCAGGCCGGUGGCUUCUGGCAUGGCUUCGACAUCUCGGGCCAUUCCUUCCUCCUAACAUACUGUGCCCUAAUGAUUGUGGAGGAGAUGGCUGUGCUGGAAGUCCUGAACACAGACUGGAGCUCUAGAUUGCAUGGUGUGGUCAAUGCCCUCUUCGUUGCCUUGAGCUUUCUGGUCACUAUUUGGGUCUUGAUGUUUUUGAGCACUGCUGUAUAUUUCCAUGACUUCUCCCACAAACUGUUUGGCACUCUAGUGGGCCUGUCGGCUUGGUAUGGGACAUACAGAUUCUGGUACUUGAAACCUUUCUCUCCUGGGCUCCCUCCCCAGAAUACUUGCUUGAGUUCAAAGAAGUCGAGUUAUAGCAGAUAAAAAAAAAAUUCUGUUUCCUAUUUUGUUUUAAAUACAGGAUUGGCUAUGAUUUUUUUUUAAUAGGAAGGAACGUAUUAAGGGGAGGGAAAUUAAAAAAACAUAUCUUAGUUUGAUGGUCCCCAGAUUGUUACAGUCCAGUUCCUGGUGUCACAGACUGCCACCCAGGAAUAGGAUUAACUGACCAGGUAAUUGGUGAUCUUGGCAAAGCAGUCAGCCACAGAUUGCCCUUCUUCAGUGUUCCACCAGGAUAAUCAAGUGUAUUGGCAAGAUGUGGUGGGGGGAAGCUUACGUGGCUGCUACCUUUGCUGUACCUGUUCUGUGGAGAAACAGAGGGAAAAUUAAAGAUUGACAGGCAGCUCCUUUUCCCUCCCUCCCUCCCUCCCUCCAUUUUUUUUUUUUUUUUAAGACAGAAGAUUUUAACAAGGUCCAAAUCUCAAGCUAACUUUAAUUGCUGACUUUUUUUUUUAACUCUUCACUUGUAAUCUUUCCAGUUGUGCCAGAGGCAGUGCAAAGCUGCUAACUAUUGCAACAAACGUGUAGUUGGCAAGAAUACUUUAACAAGGAGAAUGCAGCUUCAUUGCAAAACUGCAGCACCUGUGUUCUCAAGUGUUACAAUCUUUACAAUCUCCAUAAAUUCUUACCAGCCCUUGCUGCUAGAGAGUAAUUUUUGUUUUUGUGGCCCGAUGUCUUACACUAGAUCUCAAAUGUAAAUUUUCUGUUUCCUGCCAACCUUUUAAAAUGAAGGGCCCAAAAUGAGUUUUAUCUCAUUAGAUAGCUUAUUCUGUCCUUAAAUAAUGGUGGCUUUUUUGCUCUUUAUUCAUGACACUAAUUUAAAAAACUGAAAAGCCAUAAUGAGAGAGCUCCUUCAGGUACUGUUAAUGUCUUAAAUUACUUCAUUUCUUGUACAAAAGUUUGGGGGCAAUUUUAUACAUUUAUUACAUGUUCACCUUCUGUACUUGCAACUGAAAUACUGUUUUAUGUGUUCUUUUUGGAAGUGCAAUGAAAUUCUGAAGGUCAGGUAACAAGCAUGUUAACUGAUUUUGCACUGAUUUGAAUUAGUAUUUUAUUGUUCUUGAGAAUUAUAUAGAGCACAGGAUUGUUUUUUUUUUCCCAAGGUUAUUAUAGCAAUAUGCAUACAGACAUUUAUUCAUGUCCUAUCAGUAUCAGUAAGCUGUUUCAUUUUGAAUGCAUGUUAAAUGUUGUCUGUUGCUUAUGUGGCAAAAACUGUGGCUAGUAAAACCCAAUUACAUUAUAGAAAGC